AUGAAGCUUGACAGCGCAGGAACCCGACUCUGGACCUAUCAGGGGGGAACCAGCGGGAGCGACAUUGCUUAUGCAGUUGUCAUGACCGCAUUGGGUGACGUUGUCACCGCAGGCCAGACCUACGGUGGGCUGGAUGGUUCACGUCUUUGGACGUAUCAGGCAGGGACCAGCAAUUUUGAAAGGGCCCUUGGAGUUGAUACCGAUGCAUCAGGGGACAUCGUGGUGGUAGGCUUCACUGCUGGAGGAUUGAACGGCAACUCGAACUCUGGCAACGACGAUAUGUUUGUCCUGAAGCUCGAUAGCUCACUUUCACAACAAUGGACCUAUCAGACAGGAACCAGUGGUGAGGACCAAGCCCUGGCAGUUCGAAUUGAUUCUUCUGGCGACAUAGUCGUGGUAGGGAGCAGUGUCACCGCCACUGCCACUCUGACAAUUAGCACUUCUUUGAGUGCCACCCUAACCACUGUCAGUACCACGAGGAGCACUGUCAGCGCCACUGCCACUCUUACAACGACGUCAGCCCCGGCCACGACAGAUGGCGGAGCCACUGCUGCUGCUGUGGAAGAAUUGGUGGCGGACACCAGUGCUUCCAGUAUGGACAUUGGCUUCGUUGUGCUCAUUGGAAUUGUCAGCUUAAUGGUUGGCGUGGGUGCGGGUGCAUGGGGAGUCAUGCGAAACGCCAGGGCCAGGGCAGCUGUGGCGCCUGAGCGCGGUCUGAAGCCCUGCGUGGUUGAGGUCGCCGUAGGCAAGCUGCCAAUCAGCCAGCCACAGCACUGGUCGGAUGAGCUCAUUCCGUUGGACCAGGGCUGGAAGCUGUAUCCUGUGGACGAUGCGACCUUGAAGGCGAUCAAGGCGAUGUUCACUGUCAAGUCUUCGAAAGAGCUUGGUAGGGGAGGAGGCGCCACGUCCUAUGACCGUGCAUAUUCCACCUUGGCAGUGCAUUGUGCUUGGCGAAUCCAACACGACUGCUGCUGGACCAAGUAUGCCGCUGAGCGAAACAAAGUGCUUUGGCACAUGAACCAGAUUCGAAGAGGAGGCAUCGCCUUGAAGCCUUGGACAAGCAGACUCGAAGACGCUAACCUGGCCAUGCCGGGGACGCUCUACACCGAGGAGGUGGGAGAGCGAUACCUGCUACAUGGAACCAAUCCAGAGCCUCUGCUGGAGGUCCUCCACCGGGGCUUCACCGAGAAGGCCAGUUUGAAAGGUCCUUUCGGAGCCGGCAUCUACUUGGCGGAAGAUCCCGAGAAGAUCGAUCAGCACACCCGCCCAGACGCGCGGACUUCAGGCUUGGAGGAUUUGCACCCUCGACUCUACCGCGCAUUUGGAAACAGACGCCCCGACGAGGAUAUGUUCUACUGCUUCAUUGUCCGAGCCUGCUGUGGGGCUUGCUUCCAAACGGAAGGCCUCGACAAAGAAGGGCUUCGAGAUAAAACGACGGGUCGGAGCGUCUUUCUGACCCCAGAACGUCGGGAGCUCUCCAGGGUGCCAGGCACUUCGCCAUCCUUUUCGUAUCACACGCUCCUUGUGAACCCGGGCACUGGGACAAGUCACAGCGCGCCCCUCCCCGCGACCCCUCACUCGCCCCGCCACUCGCCCCUCCGGGCGGUGGCCCGGGUGGUGGGGCGGGUGGCCCGCUUCCGGGAGAUUGUGGUUUUCGCAGGCGACCGUGUCUACCCAGAGUACUUGGUGGCAUACCGACGAGUGUGA